AUGGAUUCAAUAGCUACUGGUUUAAAGAGGAAUUCAAAUGAUAUUGCUUGGGAAUUUGCUAUUUGCCCAGAUCCUACAAACUUGGAUAAAUUGAAGUGUACAUUGUGUGGAAAAGUUUAUAGUGGGGGGGCUUCAAGAAUGAAACAACAUAUUGCUCAUGUGAAAGGAAAUGUAGCUCCAUGUCAAAAGUCUACCAAAGAUGAUCAGUUGAGAUGUCGAGAUGCUAUCAAUGAAGGAAAGUUAAAAAAGAAGGGAAAACAAGCACAUGAUGAAGCGUUAAGAUCGGAGGUGAGAUUUGAUACUAAUGAAAACAUUAGUAUAGACACGGAUGAAAUAGAGAAUAAUUUUGGGAGCUUGAGGGAACCAUAUGUUAUAGGCCCGAUGGAUAACUUUGCAAACACAUUAAACCCUGAAGAAUCUUUGAAGUCGGGAAAAGGCAAAAAAGUUGAUAUUAACAAUGCUAUUCGAAAAGAAAGAAUAUCAACUGUGAAAAGUUUCAUUGGUAGGUGGGCAUAUGAGUGUGCAAUUCCUUUUCAUGCCUUCGAAAAGGAUAGCUUUAAAAUGAUGGUGGAGGUAAUCGGCCAAUAUGGAACCGGGCUUCCAACUCCUACUAGGUAUGAGUUGAGUAACACAAUUUUAAAAAAAGAAGUUGAAAGAACAAAAAAUUUAGUGAAAAAAAAUGAAGAAGAAUGGAAACAAGAUGGAUGCUCGAUUAUGACGGAUGCUUGGUUUGAUAGAAAGAGGAGGAGCAUUAUGAAUUUAUGUGUCAAUUCAAAGAUGGGUACCGUUUUUUUAUCUUCAAAAGAAUGUUCGGAUGAAGCACAUACAAGUCAACAUAUAUAUGAGUAUGUGGAAUCUUGCAUUCAAGAAGUUGGUCCCGAACAUGUUGUUCAAAUAGUAGCCGAUAAUGCCACGAAUAACAUGGGAGCCGCAAAGUUGCUAAAAGAGAAAAGACCAAAGAUUUUCUGGACAUCAUGUGCGACACAUACCAUAAACCUUAUGCUUGAAGGUAUUGGUGGGCUUCCAAGGUUCAAGAAAGUCUUAGAUCAAGCAAAGAAACUAACCAUCUUCAUUUAUGCCCACCACAAAACGUUAGCUAUGAUGAGAAAAUUCACUAACAAAAGGGAUAUCAUCCGACCGGGUGUCACGAGAUUUGCUUCCGCCUAUCUAACAUUACAAAUUAAAGGGAGAUCUAGUCAUACAUUGGUGACAGGUUCCACAUUUUGGGCGGGUGUGGCACUUUGCUUAAAGGUGUUUUCCCCUUUGGUGAAAGUUCUUCGUAUGGUUGAUGCGGAUUGGAAGCCCUCGAUGGGUUUUGUUUAUGGUGAGAUUAAAAAAGCAAAAAAAGAAAUCAUUGAUGCUUUAGGCGGUAACAAAAAAGCAUAUGAGCCUAUCAUAAAUAUCAUAUCAAAGAAAAUGAAAGGUAGACUAGAUUCAAAAUUGCUUUUGACGGCUUAUCUUCUAAAUCCUUAUUAUCAUUAUAAGGAUCCGCAACUCCAACAUGAUCCCAAAGUAAUGGAUGCGGUUCUUGAGUUUUUUGAUACAUUAUUUGCCGGAGAUUUAGAGAUGCAAAAGCAAGUCGUGACUAUUGAGUUGCCAAAGUACAAGAAAAAAAUGGAUAGAUUUGGUCGGGAACUUGCAGUUAAAGCAUGUGAAGCUAAUGACGCUGACUAUGAUCCGGCAAUUUGGUGGGGUACGUUUGGUGGAGCAACUCCUCAUUUGACAAAGAUUGCAAUAAGAAUUCUUUCUUUGACUAGUAGUUCAUCUGGAUGUGAAAGGAAUUGGAGCACCUUUGAAGGGAGAAAAGAAAGGAAUAUGGAAGUGUUAUUAGCUAAUGAUAGUCACACGACUCAAGAAUGGAUUGUUGAUUGUGGUGAUUGUGAUGAAGAUGGAGUUGGCAUAGUUGGUGAUGGUCAAGGAACCGAUGAACUCGGACAAAGUUCAAGAACAAGAGAACUUUUAGAUGAAGAUUUUGCGUCAGGUAGUGAGGAGGAAGUAUUUGAAGAAGUUGAUUAUGAAUCGGAUGGAGUUCACAUCAUGGAAGAAUACAGACAUAAAGAGUAG